CAUUUCCGGAUUGCAACACAUGGAUGUUUGUUGACAUCAGAUGUGACUCGAAAGUGAUUCCAGGCUGUAACCAACAUAUCUCACGUGUCUAAUGUUGACGGCGGAACCCCAGGUUCCUGUAUUAAAAGUCACAAACCCCAGACAUGUGUGGUAUCUGCUGCAUAUGCAGCAACACACAAGACAGUGACCAUGUGGACUGGAAGGACUUUAUUGAGAAGAAUUCAAGAAUAGGAAGAAGAGGACCUGAUUGUAGCAGCUCACAGCUAAUUGAUGUUGGCAGUAAGGGCAGACAACUCUUCCUACAAGGCCAUGUCCUUCACCUCAGGGGUGAGCUGACACCUCAGCCAUUACAAGAUCACCAUGGCAACAUGCUCCUCUGGAACGGGGAAAUAUUUGGAGGGCUAGAGGUAGGAGAGGGAGAAAAUGACACCCAAGUUCUGUUGAGGGAGCUAUCAGGUUCUACUGACCCUUGUCACCUUCUGACCACUAUGGCCAAAGUCCAGGGUCCCUGGGCAUUCAUCUACUGGGAGGAAAAGACAAAAUGUUUGUGGUUUGGACGGGACAUGUUUGGGAGGCGGAGCCUUCUUUGGCACAUCCCGCAAAACAGGAAGGAACAUUUCGUCCUAUCAUCCACUCAGAUUGGAGAUCAGGAAUUUAGAGAAGUUCCAUCAGUUGGAAUUUACAGUAUACAUUUCCCAGAAGUCCCUACUGUGGGGUGUGACCUCAAUAUUCACCUCUAUCAACGAGAAGAGAGUGUUUGGCCGGGAACAAUGGACAAAGUGGACAGUGGUCAAACUUUCCAGGACAGACUAUGGAGUGGUCAAUCUGAAAUAUCUCCUGUGAAAUUUUCCAUGGACACAGAUUUGAAAUUCCCAUCACAAAUGCCAAAGUUGAACAAGGCAUUGCCAAAUAUGGACAAUGACCUUGAAAAGAAUUUUUCAGAUGACCUCAACUUUAAACAAUCAGGGUCAAACAUAGAAACGGUUAAUGACCAUCAGAAAUAUAUAGAAAAUCUUAUUCAAAAUAACGAAAUAAUUGAUAAACUAGCUGACCAGCUAAUAGAUGUCCUUCAACAAGCGGUCAGGAGGAGAAUUUAUAAUCAACCGUACCUUGCCUUGGCACCAGAGGUUGAAAGGUCAGGAAACUUUUCAUCAGAGGUCAAGAGGUCACCGUGUUCUCAAUGUAAACCUCACUCUGAAUCUCCUAAUAAAACAAAUGCUACUGUGCUCGAAAAUAAUCCUUUAACAGCUGAAGAACCAACCACAGAAGGUGCAAACGGACCAGGUAGAGGAGAUGGUAAUUGUGGAGGGGGAACAAGGACCAAUCCUAGUUGUGAACAAGAUCAUCCGAAAGUAGCCAUUUUGUUUUCUGGAGGAAUAGACUCUGCUGUGAUAACUGCAUUAGCAGACAGGGCUAGUGCUUCUACCAGUGUACCUCUGGAUGACCAGCAGAGGUGGAAUGUUCCAGACCGACUGACGGGAUACAGCGCCCUCGCCGAACUCAACCCCAGGCGAAGGUGGAACUUUAUACAGGUGAAUGUGUCCCUUCCAGAACUCCAGCAAGUGAGAUCAAACCAUGUCCGUCAUUUGGUGUACCCUUUGGAUACGGUGCUUGACGACAGCAUAGGAUGUGCUGUGUGGUUUGCAGCCAGAGGUCAAGGGGUCAUAGGCAAUGGGGCCCGGCAAGGGGAACCCUAUACCAGUACUGCAAGGGUGAUACUGUGUGGGAUGGGAGCUGAUGAACAGCUAGCUGGGUACUCCCGACACAGGGGCAGGUUUAGUGAGCUAGGAUGGCAGGGACUACUUGACGAGGUAGAGCUGGAGAUCACACGUAUAUCUGCCCGAAACCUUGGCCGUGAUGACAGGAUCAUCACAGACCACGGCAAGGAGUCCAGGUUUCCAUUCCUGGAUGAAGAGGUUGUGAAGUUUCUCAGUGGUAUUCCUAUGCAAUACAAGGUAAAUUUGGACCUACCUCGUGGGCUUGGCGAGAAGCUACUGUUGAGAGUCUGUGCUACCAAACUUGGACUACUGUCGACAGCCGUGCUGCCUAAACGAGCCAUCCAGUUUGGUUCCAGGAUAGCGAAGAUGGAAAACAACAAGGAGAAGGCAUCAGACAAGUGUAAACGCCUGGCAGAGUGAUAAUAUGUAGGAUUAUUGAGUUUGAAUAAAGUAAAUCAAUCUAAUUUCAUGAGUUCAUGUAUU